UACUUACUGCUGCUUCUUUUUGGAAUGCAAAGCAAAUUAGAAGCAGUUUUAGCAGUUGUGUUGCUAAAUUGAAAAAAAGAGUGAGAGAGAGUGAGAGUGCGAAGUAGAAGAAAAGAAUCGAUGUUGGCGAGUUCAAGUGGCGGCGACUGCAAUGGCCACUCUACGACCACCAGUCUCUCUCACCGAGACAGGCUCAGAAAGGCGCGUCGAAGAUCACGCGACGCCGACGACGCCGCUGCUGCCGCCGAACCAGAAGCCGACGCUCCUCCUUGCACCGACUUCGAUGUCGCCUACUUUCAGUCUUAUUCUCACCUCGGCAUUCAUGAGGAGAUGAUUAAGGAUCAUGUGAGGACUGACACUUACAGGAAUGCAAUUUUCCACCACCAACAUCUAAUUGCAGGCAAAGUUGUUGUGGAUGUCGGCUGUGGGACAGGCAUUCUAUCCAUAUUUUGUGCACAAGCUGGAGCUAAAAGGGUUUAUGCAGUAGAUGCCAGUGACAUUGCAGUACAGGCAAAUGAAGUUGUCAAUGCAAAUAACCUAUCUGAUAUUGUGAAAGUAUUGCAUGGACGAGUGGAGGAUGUGGAGAUUGAGGAAGAGGUUGAUGUUAUAAUAUCUGAAUGGAUGGGGUACAUGCUUCUUUAUGAGAGCAUGCUGGGAAGUGUACUUACUGCUCGAGAUCGCUGGCUGAAGCCUGGAGGUCUUAUUCUUCCUUCACAUGCAACUCUGUAUAUGGCACCUGUUACAAAUCCUGAUCGAUACAGUCAAAGCAUCGAGUUUUGGCGAGAUGUAUAUGGAAUCAAUAUGUCAGCCAUGGUGCCACUGGCCAAACAAUGUGCAUUUGAAGAGCCAAGUGUGGAGACUAUAUCGGGUGAGAAUGUCUUGACAUGGCCCCAGGUGGUUAAGCAAGUAGAUUGUUAUACUGUUACAUUGACAGAGCUGGAAACUGUUGCAACAAAGUUCAGAUUGCAGUCUAUGAUGCGUGCUCCUCUUCAUGGGUUUGCCUUCUGGUUUGAUGUUGAAUUUGGAGGACCUGCCAAUUUACUAACCAACAAUGGUACUCCCUCCGAUGAUAAAACUAUCAACCGUAAUUGUGAAAAUGGUGGACAGAGAAAGAGGCGCACAAAUCCUAGUGAAGGACUUAUCUUAUCUACUGCCCCUGAGAAUCCACCAACACAUUGGCAGCAGGCAUUGAUUUACUUUUAUGAGCCAAUAGAAGUUGAGCAAGAUCAACUCAUCGAAGGAUCUGUGACCCUAACGCAGAGCAAGGAAAACCGCCGGUUCAUGAAUAUUCAUCUUGAAUACACAUCUGGCGGCCGGACAUUAGUGAAAGAGUCUGUCAUGCGUUGAGCUUAUGUUGAAGACUUGUAGCUCUCCGUGUGUUGGUAAUGUAAGUGCACUGCUACUUCUUACUAUGCUCAACUAUGGCGGCCCAUGAUAUUCACUUUACAAUUUAACUCCACACCUUAUGACAAAUAUCAAAGGCAAAUCUAUUUAAAUGACAUCAGCUCUCUAUCCUACCACAGCUCUGAAAGAUAAGAAACAAAAAUGUACUGGGUAUGGAUUGUGGAGCUGAUGAUCUCGAGUUUUUGAUCGUAGAACUAUUAAUUGUCACCAGGCGAUCAUAUUCUUUCAAACCAGAGAGCCCUGUAUUAGAAUGAUAGUUUUUCAUUUUGUAUUAGAAUGAUAGUUUAUAUUUGUACAUUUUCUAGUAAACUAUCUUAUCUUGGGUUCCGCUUUGA